CUUCAACAAGUCUAUGGGUGAACCUCAAUCCUUCAACAAGUCUAUGGGUGAACCUCAAUCCUUCAACAAGUCUAUGGGUGAACCUCAAUCCUUCAACAAGUCUAUGGGUGAACCUCAAUCCUUCAACAAACUUGUAAUGGGAGGCUCUCAAAGACAGCUUGAACUGCAACUACAAGAUAUUCUUCAGAAACAAAAGGAACUUCUCCAGCAAAGUCAACUUUUGAAUUAUAUUCUGCGAGACCUUAAUAAUCAGAUGUACACAAGUAAUGCAUUAACAAGCCUGAAGAUUAGUCAACAGAAAGAAGAAGUUCAACUACAGUUGGCUGAAAUAAGAACUGCCUUGGAGAAGAAACAGGCAGAAUACCUGAAAAUAUGCCAGACACUAUCAGACCUAAGGAGUACUUAUACUUCUAAACUAACAAAACCUUGUGAAGAUCAGAAGAGAAGAAAUAGAGGAGGAAAAAGAAAAAAAGGGAAUCGCCAUGAAAUUUCAAAGUGUUUAAGUGGUAAUUGCAACAAAUGCUCUUUCUGCGAAGAAUUAAAAACACCUUCGUCAUCCACCCAUUCUGAUGGAUCAAAGGAUGCAUCCACUUCUAAAGGUUUGUAUUAUUACAGAAUAAUGUUGCAUCCCACUUUGUAA